AUGUUGAAGAAGUACAAAACUGCUACAAAUGAUUUAAUAAUUCUCGUAACGUUGUCAUUCAGUAACAUUUCCGAAAGUGUUUUUCGAAUCAUCGCUAAAUUGAAUCAAUAUGCAAAAUUACAUGGAAUUAAUCAUUGUGUCAAUAAGCGUUAUCACUUAGUUGAAAGAUUUCUGUGGCUCACGUUCGUCUUUAGCGCAUUUUCUGGGGUAUUCUUUGUUGGAAAUAAGCAAAUGGAACGUUACACUGCUAAUCCUACAGUGAUUUCACUUGAAAGAGACUUUCGAUUGUGGAAUGGGACAAUUCCAGCUUUAACCUUCUGUUAUCAAAAUCGCUUUGAUGAAGUGAAAGCCACAAAUUUGAUAAAACUUUUUUGGAACAUCAGCGCAGAUGAUGCUGAGUUUCCUUAUUUCCUCAACUAUGUUAGAAUGGUUGUGAAUGCUUCAAUUUCAUCCUUAAACACGUUCAAGCGAUAUUCUGUGGAUAAACGCUUAGAAGCUUUUGACAUGUUUCUUGUGGCAAGAGAUGUUCAUCCAGAAAACGUUGCUACAAUUUCAGGCUUCGACCCAAACUUAAAACUUCUGUUUAAUAAAGUUAUGACUGAAAAAGGAAUUUGCUUCACAGUCAAUUCAAUCAUUUUAAACAGUGGCAUAGCAACAAACGAAGUGGAAAAGGUUCAAAAUCAAACGUCAAACCAACUCGUCACUUGCUCUUACAUAACAAAUCAAUGUAAUAUGAGACUAGAAAUAUCAAAUAAAACUGUCAAAUAUUCAUUUCAUUCGCCUUACGAGACUGUAACUGAAUAUUCGAUUUUUUCUGAAAUGGGGACGACAGAAGAAGUUGAAAUCACAUUAAAUAUAGUCGAAACUAUGGCAAGUCCUAUAUUGAGGUCGUUAUCAGCUAUUCAAAGACGUUGUCUAUUCUACGAUGAAUCAAUAUCUGGUUUAGAAGGCUACAGUGUAAGCAUUUGUAUCCAAAAGUGUCGUGCUGAAGCAGCCAUUAGCUUGUGUGGGUGUAAGCCGCAUUUCUAUUCCUUUCUCAAUGGGACAUCAUGUUCUCCAAGAGCUUUAGUUUGCCUAGAAGAGAAGUUUUGGCCGAACAAUUUAACCUGUAACUGUCCCAAAACGUGCUCUGAACUUGUUUAUAAAAGCAAUUCUUUUAAAAAGUCAGAUUGGGCGAUAGAUUCAGAAACAUCUAUCUUAAGUCGAGAUAGUUCACUCCGAUACGAAAUUCUUGCUCAGAAAAUUCGCUAUCGCCGUGAUGUUUUAUUCAGUUUUGAGGAUUUGAUUGUGAGCUUUGGGGGGAUUGCUUCAUUGUUUUUAGGAUAUAAUUUUUGGAAUACAUUGGAAAUGCUUUAUUAUUUGCUAAAUGCCGCUAUAAAUAUUCUUAGCAAACGUUUCCAAACUUAG